AUGUCCUUCACGUCAACUACUCACUUCCAUCCAGAAACUGAAAGCUAUUUUGGCAGUAACGAUGCUCCAAUGAAUGAAAGUCACCUUUACAAUACCACCACCAUCACAAACAGCGACAUCGACAGCACCCUUUUUGCAACAGCCACUACAAUUAAUACUGCUCCAGUCGAAUUUGAUGUCGACUCCGCCAAAGAUGACGACGGAAAUGACAAUCUAGACUAUUUUAUCCCUUCAAUGAAGGAAUUUUGCAUGCAUACACCUCCAGAGUAUACCUCGGCAAACUUUUCAAAGUACUAUCCUCAAAACCCCAAUUUCGAACAAUUGAACCACCAGUUACCCAACUUGCACAACAUACCGAGAUCUGUUGUGUCGACUCAAUCAAUUGAAGCUGUCAUUGGCAAUGCACCUAUUAUUUUGAAACCGAACAUCUGGGCUAGCCGACAUUCGUCAAGUGGUCUAGACGGGCAGAGUAAUGCUGCUAGUAGUGGUUUGAAUUUACCACCGGAACAGAACCAGAAUGAAUCACCGAGACAACUACACUUUCUGCUUCAAGAGUUACAAGAGCAACAAGAGAAGCAAGAGCUACAAGCAAAACAGUCCCAGAAACAACUACAAAUUGACUUGUUUACUCAAAAGUACUACAAAUAUGCUUCAAUGAAUAAGGAGACCCCACACCAGCAGCUAAAACCUAGUGUGGAAGCUGUCCAUCAGCAUCAACUCAAUCCAUCCGCAGUUGCACCUAUUACUAUUCAACUUGACGGAACACCAAUUGCUACAAACACCACCACUGCUGCCCCAGCUACAUACCCUCAACACCAAUACUUAACUUUCAGAUCGUACAGUGGCUCAAUAUUCACAGUUCCUCCAAAAUCAAGGUUUUUUGUCAUCAAAUCAUACAACGUACUUGACGUUAACGCAUCGUUUGACCAUAAGAUCUGGACAUCAACCGAGCUAGGCAACAAGAGGUUGGACAAAGCCUAUCACGAUUUGCAAAUCACCAAUAACCCAGACUUGGAUGGCAAGAUCUUUCUCUUUUUUCUGGUCAAUUCCCUGGGUAAAUUUUGUGGAGUGUCUGAAAUGAAAUCAUGCAUCGACUACAGCAAAACAAGUGAUAUUUGGUGUGAACAAACUCGAUGGAAAGGAAUCUUCCCUGUAGAAUGGCUCUUGAUUAAAGACGUCCCCAACAAGUUUUUCCAACAUUUGAAAAUCCCUGCUAAUGAAUUCAAGCCGGUGACAAACUCAAGAGAUACUCAGGAAGUACCAUUUGACAUUGGUAUCUCCAUGCUCAAAAUAAUUAGCUCAUUUAGAAAUAGCGAGUAG